AGAGUAAAUGCAGUUUGCAAAGUCAAAACAUCCUUAUUUUUCUAUUUAUUCUACUUCCUUUAUGAUUUAUUUAAGUUUAAGUAAGUUAAUGGUAGUGAAAAUUAGCGAAGAUUAAGCGUACAAUAUGUAAGUGAAAUUGUAGAACAGUAUAAAAAUAUGAGUGAAACUAAAAUAUAGAGUUUAAAAACUGAAAGUUACCUUAUUUUUUAUUAUCCGGUAGUUGCUAAGUAUUUAUGGAACCGAAGUACUUCCACGUUUUGGUUCCUGCGAAUAAAUAAAUAUUGAAAAAAAAGAAAACAUUUCCGAAUGUAUUGAAAUCUGCUAAAUAAAGUGCUAAGAAUGUCAUUGGAUGUUGACAAAAUGUGUAGAUCAAGAAAAGUAAUCUUUUAGAAAGGAGGAUAAAUAAAGAAAUUGUGAGCGGUAUUGUGCAAAACGAAUCAAGACGUAAAAAAAUGAGUUCUCAUCAUCAGUUAAACCCACCUUCCGGUGACAUAGAGCAUAUUGGUUACCUGUCUGAAGAUAUUGGUGCUCUCUAUCUCUCAGAUGACUAUUCAGAUGUGACUUUAAUUGUUGGUGGUCAAAGAUUAAAUGGUCAUAAGGUUAUAUUAGCAGCACGUAGCGAAUAUUUUAGAGCUCUUCUCUUUGGCGGAUUAAAGGAAUCGACGCAACGUGAAAUUGUGUUGAAGAAUGCUAAUUUAACUGCAUUCAAAGCUUUACUUGAAUACAUAUAUACAGGACGUACGUCUUUAACAGACAGACAGGACGAGGUGGUUUUAGAUAUUCUUGGAUUAGCACAUCUCUAUGGGUUUUCAGAAUUGGUAGCCUCUAUAUCAGAUUAUCUCAGAGACAUAUUGAGUAUAAAAAAUAUCUGCCUCAUAUUUGAUGCAGCGCUACUUUACCAACUAAAAUUUCUUACCACGGUUUGUCAUGACUACAUGGACAAACAUGCUUGCGAAGUGAUACAGCACGAGAGCUUUUUGCAAUUAAGUGCUACUGCUUUGAAUGAACUUCUUUCGAAAGAUUCCUUUUAUGCACCAGAGAUUGAUAUCUUUUUAGCUGUAAGAUCAUGGGUGCAGGCAAAUCCUGACGUUGAUCACAAAAGUGUCUUAGAUAAUGUACGAUUAAGCUUGAUUCCUAUCACGGAUCUUUUGCGUAUUGUUCGACUGACUGGAUUAGUUUCUCCUGAAGUAAUCUUAGACGCAAUAGCUGCAAGGACGCAAGUACGGGAUUCAGAUCUUAAUUAUCGUGGUCGAUUAUUUAUUGAUGAAAAUGUUGCCCAUCCUACGCAUGGUGCUGAAGUUCUACAGGGUGAAAUGCGCUGUCACCUGUUAGAUGGAGAUACAAACAAUUAUGAUAUGGAGCGAGGGUAUACCAGACACACCAUUACAGAGACACAGGAGCAUGGUAUUUUGAUCAAAUUAGGAACUCAAUGUAUAAUUAAUCAUGUCAAGAUGCUACUUUGGGAUAAAGAUUUGCGCUCAUAUUCUUACUAUUUAGAAGUGUCUACGGAUCAAAGAGAUUGGGUUCGAGUUAUUGAUCACACAGAAUACUUUUGUCGUAGUUGGCAAUACUUAUACUUUAAGCCAAGAGUAGUUCUUUAUAUUCGUAUCGUUGGCACAAAUAAUACUGUAAACAAGAUUUUCCAUGUUGUGAGUUUUGAAGCUUAUUAUACAAAUCAUAAUGAGAAACUCUGUAAUGGUUUUGUUGUUCCAACACGAAAUGUCGCUACCACGGAUCAUAGUGCCACUCUUACCGAAGGUGUUUGCAGAUCUCGGAACACAUUAUUAAAUGGCGAUACAUCAAAUUAUACCUGGGAUAGUGGGUACACGUGUCAUCAACUUGGUUCUGGUUCUAUUUCAAUACAACUUGGACAACCGUAUAUUAUAGAUUCUAUGCGAUUAUUGCUUUGGGAUUGCGACAAUCGUACAUACUCUUACUACAUAGAAGUGUCUGAUAAUUCUUUGAAUUGGGUUCAGGUUGCUGAUAAAACCAGAGAAGCUUGUCGUUCUUGGCAAACUAUAUAUUUUGAACCACCCCGACCCGUCGUCUUUAUACGUAUUGUUGGAACACACAAUACAGCAAAUGAGGUUUUUCACUGCGUCCAUUUUGAAUGCCCUGCUCAGAUAAACGAUAAAACUGUAACUAAAUUUCCAGUGCACAAAAAAAAACAGUCAAUAUCCAAUGAUUCUGUAGUUUCGUUAGAAUCUCCACCUCCAUAAACAGUUACAGAAGCAGUGAAUAUCGAUCAUGAAGAAACAAAUUCUGGUUAUCGCAGUAGUCUUUCAUAAUUAUUCUUAUUUUCUUAGUUUCUUAGAAAAAUAUCAUUACGCAAAAUUUUAAUUAAUACAGCUACAGUU